AUGUCUAGGCGCAACCGUAUCGGUGACGGCCACCGCAAUGUCGCGAAGUGGCGCCGACACCGCGCGUCACGACACCCGCGCCCUAGCCAACUGCCCACUUCGUUGCACUUGCCGCAAUGGCACCAAAUCCAGCUGCCGCCAUUUGAAAAGAACUGGUACCAGGAACACGCCGACACAGCCCUACGGUCAGGUGAUGAGGUGGACUAUUUCAGAAAGUCCAACGGAAUCACCGUGAAGGGAGACUACGUGCCCAAGCCCAUAUUUGAUGCUGUUGAAGCAAUCCUUCCCGACUCCGUAAGAAAAACCAUCGAAGCCCAGAAUCUUUUCACGCUCACAGCCGUGCAGGCUCAGUGCUGGCCAGUGGCACUCCAGGGCAGGGACCUUCUGGCCACUCUACGGAACGAUGCAGAAGGCAAGACACUGGCGUACCUCGUUCCCGCCAUUGUCCAUACAAUGAACCAGCCUCCCGUUCAACCUGGUGACGGGCCAAUCGCCGUGGUGCUGGUGGCUGGGCGGGAAUCUGCACUACUGACUCAGCAGGCGGCAUCUAAAUUUGAAGCAUAUACCGGAGUGUGCAGCACUUGCGUCGUUUCACGAGAUAUCGACGGACAGGAAGUCGCUCACCUUAAGAGAAGCAGCAAGCUGUGUGUUGCGACACCGGGCCGCCUCCUGUCUUUGCUGCAAGAAGGCAAGGUGAACCUCUCUCGAUGCACGUUCGUGGUUGUUGAUGAGCUUGACCGCAUGUUGAUCCUCGGAUUAGAGCCGCAAGUUCGCCAGGUUUUCAAGUACGUUCGGCCGGAUCGCCAGACUCUCGUCUGGGGAGCCGCGCCGUUGUUUAUGGACGCGCGUGCUCUUGCCGUGGAGUUUUGCGUGCACGGACCCAUAGAGGUCGCCGUCGAGCCGCCGCACGCUUUGUUCAACCGACAAGUGAGACACUUCGUUCGGGUGUGUGGGGACGCAGGGAAAAUCGACGCCUUCGCUGCCAUCUGCGAAGAAAUUUUCGACGGAGAGCGAGCGGACGAGACAGAAGAAAAGUCUAUCGUCUUUGCCGAUUCAGCGCAGACUGUCUCCGACCUGACGAGGAUGAUUCGGCGGUACCCGCGUUUCGUCGUCGGCGUGCACGGCCGCCAAGCUGACGAUAAUCGGCAAUGGACGACCAACGCAUUUCGAAAGGGCUGGUACACCGUCCUCGUGGCGACCAGUUCGGUGGCGAGAAACCUGAACGUACCGGAGCGAGUACAGUUCGUAGUGAACUACGACUAUCCGGGAGGUCCUGAUGAGUACAUACGCCGGACCGGCUUUGCGGCCUCUGCGGUGUACACAAUAUUCACGCCGCAAAAUUGCCAGCACGCCGAAGGACUGAUAUCGAUCCUAGAGAGUGCCAAGCAGGAGGUGAGCCCAGAGCUGAAAAAUAUUCGAGCCUGUGGCAGACCCAAAGUUUGA